GUCUUUUCUUUAUUGGGUUCGCUAGCGCUGAUAUGGUUUGAUGAUUUUCAAGUGUGUGCAUGGAAACGCAAAAUUCGAAAGUGACAAGGAGAUUGUGUCUGCAGUUUUUAAAAAGCCCAGGGAACCUCGCAGACACAGGAUUUGAAUCUCGCUGAACGGCCAUGCACAACUUGCCCUUAACCUCUCGCGCUCCCGUCUUGUGCCCUCAAGUUUUGCGUCUCGUGGUGUUGCCGAUUGGACGGGGUGGUUGCCGAUGCGAGAGAAGCCAUGGAGAGGAGGAGUGAUUGAUCGUGGGUGUCGAUUUUGUGGAAUUGGGAUCGGUGGUUGUUGAUUGAAAUCACAGCAUGGGUUCAGGAACAGGGUGUGCGGCAUGGUAGGCCAAGGAAAAUGCAAGAAUUUCGCAGGGCAGUACUCACUUUUAUGUGAACGUAUUCUGUAUUGAUCUGGAAAGACGCAUAGACCAGUGUGUGGCGAUCGAUGAGGUCGUGAAAGCGUGCAAGCGUGUGGGAGGCUUGAAGUGUAAGAAAUGGAAAGAGGAGGAGGGCUCAUGAAUGGAAAUGUUGAGCAUUCUCCUACCGACAUGGAAGUUAAUAAUCAUGCUCAGCCUGCCUUCAGCCUUACAACCACCCAGGUGCAGGACAUGAAAGUCUUGCUGAGCACUCUCUCUUUGCUUUCCCGAAGCGUGCAAGUUCCAAAUAAAUUAUUCGAGAAAGUCUCUUCGAUUGCUCAACGAGGUGGUUCGUACUCUGAAGCGUACAAGAGUGACGCUUCAAUUGGACACGAAAAUAGGGUGAGAUCGGGACCUCCCUUGCAACCACACCACUCCAAAAGCCCACAGCCUGAGGUACCUCAGACUGUUACAUUUGUCCAAGAGAACGGUGACACCCUGAAAGCUCAAAGCACUGAGUUGAACUCUGAGCUACGAGUUGAGGGCCCCUCAAGUGCUCAGGGGUGCACCAACACAGCCCAUGCGCACGUUUCAGAGGGUCGCUUGGUUCAGAACUACAGUACCACCCAAUCUGAGCCCUCAGAGAAACCUCUUACUUUUGACGAAGGAUUGCAAUUACCAAAGUCAUUAGAGAAAAGUGAGCAGAGUAAAUCUGCUGGUGUGUAUCCACAGGAACUUGAACGAUCAAAACAGAUUUCUUCGGAGGGGGCACAGCCAGGUUCAGCAGAGGAUGUCGGUUCACCAUAUGUUCCAGGUCACUUGCUUGCAGAGCUCGACGCAGCCAUGCUCGACAAUCAAAGGUUCAUGACAUCCGCAGAAUUACGGAAUAAGGAGAAAUUUCGCAUGGACAGCAAACUUACCCACCGAAUUCAAGAGAUCAAAGAUUUGCCGGCUUUUUCAGAAGAGAAGGUUCGACAAAUAAAUCUUAUUGAACAGUAUUCUUUAGACUUGUUGAAUUUGCAAAAGAAAGUGAGGGCCGAAGUCUUGCAAGAGCUUCGAUUGAAAGAGUUGUGCAAUUCACCGGACUCUCGAGUCUUCGACUGGGGUCUCAUGCGGAUACGACGGAGUGGAACAUCCUAUUUGAACUACGGUGAUAUGGGACAUGCCAUGGCUCCAGAAGCUGAUGAACGUCAGAGAAGAAAACGAGAAGCAGAGAGACAGAGAAGACUGGAGGAGGAAGAGAGGACAAGAGAGACCACUCGAAAGCGGAAGUUUUUCAAUGAACUCCUCAAUAUGUCAAGAGAAUACCAGUUGCAAACUCAAGCUGCCAUUAAACGGAGGAAGCAACGAAACGACGGUGUUCAGGCUUGGCAUGGGAAACAAAGACAGAGAGCAACUAGAGCAGAGAAGCUGCGCUUUCAGGCACUUAAAUCUGAUGAUCAGGAGGCAUACAUGAGGAUGGUCGAAGAGAGCAAGAAUGAGCGGCUUACGACGCUCUUGUCUCGAACCGAUGAUCUCCUCCAACGGUUGGGGGCUAUGGUGCAGAAGCAGAAAGACGCUGAACCCGAGGAUGCAUUCAUCGUUAAGAAAGAUCACAAACCUCGAGGGCAUCCUAAGGAUGCAACCAGAGAUUUACUCGACAAUGAAAGCGUCGACGCUGAGGCGGGGUCCAAGAAGCGGGACCUUCUAGAGGGGCAGCGACAAUACAACUCAGCUGUCCAUUCCAUUGAGGAGAAAGUGACAGUGCAGCCCAAAAUGCUCCAAGGCGGACAGCUGCGAGCAUACCAGAUUGAAGGACUCCAGUGGAUGCUAUCUUUGUAUAACAACAACCUUAAUGGGAUACUGGCAGAUGAAAUGGGGUUGGGAAAGACUAUUCAAACUAUUGCGCUGCUGUCAUAUCUGCUUGAAAAUAAGGGCGUCGUUGGCCCACACAUCAUAAUUGCGCCCAAAGCAGUGUUGCCGAAUUGGGCUCAUGAGCUGUCGACAUGGGCGCCAGGCAUUCAAACAGUUUUAUACGAUGGGCGCGCUGAGGAGCGGAGGCUGUUGCGGGAAGAGUAUGGAGGUGAAGGGAAGUUCAAUGUGUUGGUCACCCACUAUGAUCUUAUCAUGCGGGACAAAGCCUUUUUAAAGAAAGUCAAGUGGAACUAUAUGAUUGUAGACGAAGGUCACCGUCUCAAGAACCACGACUGCAUGUUGUCCCGAACUCUCACUACUGGGUACCACAUCCGGCGAAGGCUGCUCUUGACUGGAACUCCAAUUCAGAAUAGCUUGCAAGAGCUGUGGUCCCUCCUCAAUUUUCUACUCCCAGCAAUUUUUAACUCUAGCGAGAAUUUUGAGGACUGGUUUAAUGCCCCCUUUACAGAUCGGUCCGACGUGUCUCUGACAGAGGAGGAACAGCUUCUUGUCAUUCGUCGGCUUCACCAAGUCAUUCGUCCCUUCUUGCUGCGACGGAAGAAAGCCGAGGUUGAGAAGUUCCUUCCUGGCAAGACGCAAGUUAUUCUCAAGUGUGACAUGUCCGCAUGGCAGCGGUUGUAUUACAAGCAGAUCAUGGAGUCUGGGCGGGUUGGGUUGGAUAUUGGCACAGGUAAAUCACGAGGGUUGCUGAACACUGCCAUGCAAUUACGAAAGUGCUGCAACCAUCCCUACCUUUUCCUCGAGGGCCGAGACUAUGAACCUGAAAAUCGUGACGAGCUCAUACGAUCGUCAGGGAAGUUUGAGCUUCUAGACAGGUUGCUACCUAAGCUGGCCAAGACAGGUCACCGUGUGCUCUUGUUUUCCCAAAUGACACGAUUGAUGGACAUUCUAGAGGAUUAUCUGGAGUGGCAUGGCUUCAAGUUCCUACGCCUUGACGGAACCACGAAGACAGAGGAGCGGGGCACACUCUUGCAGAAGUUCAACGCACCUGAUUCCCCCUACUUCAUGUUUCUAUUGUCCACCCGAGCUGGUGGCCUUGGGUUGAAUCUUCAAACUGCUGAUACGGUCAUCCUCUUCGAUAGCGACUGGAAUCCACAGAUGGACCAGCAGGCGGAGGAUCGCGCUCACCGAAUUGGGCAGAAGAAGGAGGUUCGUGUGUUUGUUUUGGUAAGCGUGGGUUCGAUUGAGGAGGAGAUUCUGGAGCGGGCCAAGUCGAAGAUGGGCAUUGAUGCGAAGGUUAUCCAGGCAGGUCUGUUCAACACUACCUCCACUGCACAAGAGAGGAGGGAGAUGCUGGAGGAGAUAAUGAGGCGGGGUUCAGACGUGAUAGGCACAGAUGUACCAAGCGAGCGCGAGAUUAACCGCUUGUCAGCCCGUGGAGACGAUGAGUUCGAUAUCUUUGAAGAGAUGGAUGAGGAGAGACGGCAAGGGGAGGGCUACAAGACGCGACUGAUGGAAGAGCACGAGGUGCCAGAAUGGGUGUUUUUAAAUGGUCCUAAAGGCGAAGACGGAAAUCAGGAGGGUGACACUGACAGGAAGCAGGUCACAGGGAAGCGAGCUCGGAAGGAGGUUAUGUAUACCGACGUGCUGAGCGAUUCUCAAUGGAUGAAGGCCAUCGAGGACGGCGAGGACGUUGGAGCAGCUGUCAAGGUGCAGCUCACGAAGCGGUCCAAGAGACGAGAGCAACAACAAGCUGCUCUUGAGCAGGAAGUAGCUGAAAUGCUCGAAGGUGAUGAAAACAGUGACGACGCUGAAGAUGAAACUGCUGCCGACGCUGAAGAUGAGUCAAUCACCGAGCACACUGAGCUGCAAUAUGAAGAAGCAGAAGUCAAGACAACCGAGAACAAGACGCGGAUUGUGAUCAAGAGGCGGCACCACACAGAGGAAACCAAAACCAAAAGCCCCACAGCUGUUAAAGAGAGUAGUGAGAACCGUUUGCGGCUCGUCCUCGUAACUAACGACAAAGCUACUGCUAACUGGAAGGGUCUGCAGCGCAAGCGAUCCAGACACGCAGCCUCCGUUUCGGAGGAGCAACCUAAAGAAAACAUUGAUCAUGAAGGUGAUGAGACCGAGGAUGAGGACGAGAGCAUGUAGCUCAAUUGACUGAUUUGUACAUUGACGUGCGAUUGCACUUAUGAGCUCCACCUUUUACCUCAGCUGGUUGUCUUAGGAGGGGUUGUAGGAUUAGACCCUGAAAUUAUACUUUUGCGUCAUCUCAUUUUAUAUUACCUGAGGCAUUUGUCUUUCCUGAUCUCA